GUAUUUUGUGUGAAGAGUGUGACUAACUGCCUAUUUCAUUUCCUCCUGUUUUUUUCUGUGAAAUGUGGGCACACUGGAGAAAUUUUCUGGUAGUAGCUGUGCUGUGAAAAAUAUUUAUAGUGAAAAAAUAUACAUCGGAGCUACUUGCCAUUCUUCGGUGAAAAAUUAUAGCACAGUUACUGCUAAGCGAAACAAUACAAAUUACAGAAACAUGGGCGAUGUUAUGAAUAUCGACAGCAUCAUAUCACGACUUCUGGAAGUGCGUGGGGCACGGCCAGGCAAAAAUGUUCAGCUCUCUGAGAGCGAAAUUCGUGGCCUCUGUCUGAAGUCGCGAGAGAUAUUUCUCUCGCAGCCCAUACUGUUGGAGCUGGAGGCACCGUUAAAGAUUUGCGGCGACAUACAUGGCCAAUAUUACGAUCUACUACGUCUGUUUGAGUACGGCGGCUUUCCGCCCGAAUCAAAUUACCUGUUCUUGGGCGACUACGUCGAUCGUGGCAAACAGUCACUGGAGACCAUCUGUUUGCUGCUCGCCUACAAGAUCAAAUACUCGGAGAACUUCUUUUUACUGCGCGGCAAUCACGAGUGUGCCAGCAUAAAUCGCAUCUACGGAUUUUAUGAUGAAUGCAAGCGUCGCUAUACCAUCAAAUUGUGGAAGACAUUCACCGACUGCUUCAACUGUUUGCCAGUGGCAGCCAUUGUGGAUGAGAAGAUAUUCUGUUGCCAUGGUGGACUCAGUCCCGACCUCUCGUCGAUGGAGCAAAUACGUCGCAUUAUGCGACCCACCGAUGUCCCUGAUCAGGGCCUGUUGUGCGAUUUGCUGUGGUCCGAUCCGGACAAGGACACCAUGGGCUGGGGCGAAAAUGAUCGUGGCGUCAGUUUCACAUUUGGCGCCGAGGUUGUCGCCAAAUUUUUGGAGAAGCACGAGUUCGAUCUCAUUUGCCGCGCCCAUCAGGUCGUUGAGGAUGGCUAUGAGUUCUUUGCCAAGCGUCAGCUGGUCACGCUCUUCUCGGCUCCAAAUUACUGCGGCGAAUUUGACAACGCUGGCGCAAUGAUGUCUGUGGAUGAGACACUAAUGUGCUCAUUCCAGAUUUUGAAACCGGCUGACAAGCGUAAAAAGUAAUGUCACCAAUAAACUUCCCACACACACAUAUACACACAUACACCACACACAUACACAGACAAAUUUUUCUUACAAAGCGAAAAGGCCAACAACUAAUACGAUUUAAAAUGAUUCAACAACCAGGGGCAAAUCUACUUUAACAAAAGAUAGAACCACAAUUGGAGCCCAGAGGAAAACAAACCGAAAGCUCUAAAAUAAACGACAACUAAUGACCUUUUAAGAAAUAAAGAGAUUUGCUUCAAUUACAAAAAAAAAAAAAACAAAAUCAAAUACAAAAACAACCUUCGCAUGCAUUCAAACCACCAGGCAUAAAAUCAUUUAUUUUGAUAAACAUAAAUCCUACACCCUGUCCUCCUCCUACUCCCCACACACACAAACUCUAUCUACCAUUGUCGUUUAGCGACACCCAAAAAGAAAAGCACACACAACCACAAUCACACACACCCAAUAUGCGUGUACAUAUAAGUAUGUUUUGUCCAAUUUUAAAGCGAGACUAAAAUGUUAUUACAAGUAAAAGCAGCAACAUUUAUUUGGCAUAGAUCUACGUGCGAGCAAAGGCGACUGCAACAGUCGUCAGUCCGUUGGAAAGAAACCAGAAAAAUAAUGUUCUUGGGCCUUGUAAACACUCAAGUUGGCCUUCAAAAUUUUAAUAUUGAGAAAUGGAAGAAAAUAACAAACAAAAUAAGAGUAAACGCUUGCCAAGAAAAAGUAAAAGUACUAAGUUUUGACCUUCGAAAUAAAAAUCAGUUUAUGUUCGUCCACAUUGCACCCAAAACUAUUUGAUAGCGAUGUUCCCACGUUUAUUAUUUCAUCCCAAUUCCGUUUUCAUCAUUUGCCAAUUAUGAUCAGCUGUUAAAUUUCGAUCCACGCUUACAUGUACAACUUUUUUAUUUAAUCAUCCCCUAUCAUUCUUAAGAUGUGUUUAAAAAAAAGAAACAAAUUAAAUUACUAUUAUUAAUAUGUAUUAUCAAUAAUCCUUUGUAUUAAUAAACAAAUGAUGAUAUACCACGUGUAUGGAUUAUAAAA